CGCUCUGCGGCGGCUGUGUUGGAGCUGCAUGAGGGAGAAACACACAUGUAGUUCAGUCAGUUUAACACAGAGGGGUAAAUUCAGGUUCACAGCGCUGAGAGGACAACAUGUCUUCAAAGAAAAGCAAAGCGAAAGGGAGGAAAACACAGGACGGAGAAAAAAGCGACCUCAGUAAAGAGAAUUCGGGAGACAGAGACGGUUUAGAGCCAGACUGCGUCUCUGUGACUGAGUUUAUAGAGAAAGGGGAAGAGAAGGCUCCAAAACGAUGCAGGUCCUAUCUGGCCCAGCUGAGCUUAAACACAAUGAAGAGUGUAAACGCCUGCAUCGGACGACCUGUCCUCAUCACCAGCUCGACAGGACAGCAGGAGGUGUGUGUGGCAUGGCCUGCAGCUCAGUUCCCCGGGAGAAGAGUGGGCCUGAUGCCUGACACUCAGAGCAGCCUGAGGGUGAAGAGCGGAGCCACAGUUAAACUACAGCCUGUCACCGGGGCCAUCCUGCAGGCAGAGGAGCUCCAGCUGUCCCUGGGAAAGGAAGAUGAGUCUCUCAGUACAGAAGACUUCAGCAGCUUCCUCUUACGAUCAUUAGAUGGCAGAAUUCUUCUUCCUGGCAGUUCUCUGUCUGUGUCCUACUUUGGACGCAAGUGUCAUAUCAGAGUGGACUCUGUGAAGGGUGUAGACGGGGUCACCCUCUUGCCUCUCUCCCCUCUUUCUGACCCCUGCCAGCCGUCUCUGCUGGACACCACUCCUCUGGAUCUGUCUCUACAGCUGAGUCAGCUGACCCUAAACCACUUGUCGCCAAGUCCAUCGGCCAGCACGCCGAGCCGACCUCCCGACCCUUCGUCUCUGAUGUCUCAUGCUCUGACCACUCCAUGUAAACUGAAUGACACGUCUCUUAGUGUCCAGUCACUGCCAGACAGCCCCUUGCCCUCCAUGCCAGAAACACCGGAUCAAUCUGUGGGAGCAGAGAAGAGUGAGACGGAGACCCAGCUGCUCUCUCAUUCUGGUGUGGGGGAUCUGCCGCCCUCUGCUGUCCGUUCUGGGAGCGACACUUUUUACGCUGUCUGCUGCUCUACCAGGCUGAGUUUCACCCACACGCAGGCUCAGGCAACCGAGGACGAGGGUCAGGAGAGGGCAAAGGUCACGUACAGUAUGAUAGGAGGAUUGAGCGCUCAGCUCCAGGUGAUCAGGGAGACAAUUGAGCUGCCAUUGAGACACCCGGAGAUCUUCAGAAAGUACGGAAUCCCGCCCCCUAGAGGAGUGCUGCUGUAUGGUCCUCCCGGCACAGGCAAGACCAUGAUUGGACGAGCAGUGGCCAAUGAGGUGGGAGCGCACAUGACUGUAAUCAACGGGCCAGAGAUUGUGAGCAAGUUUUAUGGUGAGACGGAGGCACGUCUCCGCCAGAUUUUCGCAGAGGCCUCGCAGAGGCAGCCUGCCAUCAUCUUUAUUGACGAACUGGAUGCUCUGUGCCCGAAGAGAGAGGGAGCCCAAAACGAGGUGGAGAAACGGGUCGUCGCUUCUCUCCUCACGCUGAUGGACGGCAUCGGAUCUGAAGGUCACAGCGGUCAGCUGUUGGUUCUUGGGGCGACCAACAGGCCUCACGCGCUGGACCCAGCCUUGCGGCGCCCAGGACGUUUUGAUAAGGAGCUGGAGGUGGGCGUUCCCGGAGCGGAGGGCCGGAUGGAUAUCCUGCAGAAGCAGCUGCGCUCCGUCCCUUGUGAGGUCAGCACAGAGGAGCUACAGGAACUAGCCGACGCGGCGCAUGGAUAUGUAGGAGCUGACCUCGCUGCUGUCUGCAAGGAGGCCGGGCUUCAUGCCUUGAGGAGAGUUUUGGGCUCUGUCCCAACCCUCACCGACCCUGAGGUGAUGGACAGAGUGAAGGUCACAACCUCUGACCUCAGACUGGCCCUGACGCACGUUAAACCCAGCGCGAUGAGAGAAGUCGCUAUUGACGUGCCAAAGGUACGUUGGAGUGACGUUGGUGGUAUGGAGGAUGUAAAGCUGAAGCUGAAACAGGCUGUUGAAUGGCCCCUGAAGCACCCAGAAGCUUUCGCUCGGCUGGGCAUUGCACCCCCUAAAGGAGUCCUGCUGUACGGCCCGCCUGGCUGCUCCAAAACCAUGAUUGCCAAAGCACUUGCUAACGAGAGCCAGCUCAACUUCCUCGCCAUUAAGGGUCCUGAGUUACUGAGUAAAUAUGUGGGAGAGUCUGAGCGGGCUGUUCGGGAGGUUUUCCGGAAAGCGAGGGCAGUGGCUCCCUCUAUUGUGUUCUUUGAUGAGAUUGAUGCUCUGGCUGUAGAGAGGAGCAGCUCGUCCCGGUCCAGUGGUGUAGGUGACCGUGUGUUAGCCCAGUUGCUAACGGAGAUGGAUGGAAUUGAGCAGCUUAAAGACGUCACUGUUCUUGCUGCAACCAACAGACCGGACAUGAUCGACAAGGCUCUGAUGCGGCCAGGCCGUUUGGACCGGAUCGUGUAUGUGCCUCUCCCGGACGCUGCCACCAGGAGGGAAAUUUUCACCCUGCAGUUCCGUAACAUGCCUGUCCAUUCCAACGUGCACCUGGACGACCUUGUGACCCGCACAGAGCGCUACUCAGGGGCAGAGAUCACUGCAGUAUGCCGAGAGGCCGCGCUGUGUGCCCUUCAGGAGGACAUUAAAGCAGAGCACAUCACUGUCCGGCACUUUGAUGCUGCCCUGGCUGCAGUAAAACCACGUGUUCCAGAAUCCCUCAUCCAGUCCUACAUUGCCUAUCAGCAGCAGCAUGGGAUCAGGCCUUUUUCCUGAUGAGGGGUGUUGGAGGGGUGGGGGUCACCCCUCAUUUGCCCCAGCACAUCCUAAUAGGGGCAACUGGACACUGCCGAAUCUGACCUGAAGGACCUGUAGCUUCUUUUUUUAUCUGUGUUCUCUGUAUCAGCGUUUCACAUCAGCAAAUUAAAUAAACGCUUGUUCCCUCCCCC